GUCUUUUUUCUUAGCGGCGUAUGGUGUGGACCCAGCUCUGAACUUCGGCGGAGGGGAUUUCUGCCGCCGGAGAAGGGACCCCUAUUCCUCCCAACCCCGAAUCCUGUUUACCCAAUGCCUUGUUAUGGGUUAGAUAUUCCGGUAAGGGAUGGGGGAAGUUGGAGGCUCUUUAACACUGCCGGAUAGGAACGGUUAAAUGGGUAUUUGCAUAUUUAUGUGUCCAUUGUCUACCGGAGGUGAAUGCAAAUUCAGUCAUUGUAAUGUAAAGAAAUUCUGGAAUGCUUCUGGAAGGAAUGUUGGUCCGUCCGCCCUGAGAUGUUUGGGUGUGCUUGUUUAAAGAUGAACUGUCCAGGGAAAGCAACUUCUCAUUGAGUCACUGAAAAUAAGACCAGUUUAGCAGAUCUGUCAGACACAAUGACCACAGUGGCAGUCUCUUAACUCCAUAGCUCUACCCGAAGCUAUCCAGGUUGGUAUCGACAAACUUUGUAGCACUUACUUUAACUCUGGGUAAAGUUGGAUUAUCAACUCAAACUUGUGCAAGGGAAGAGGCUGGUAUCAUGAGGAGAGAAGAGGGUUAACUCAGAAUGUUAAUGCCUCUGUGGAUGGUGGAUGAGCAAUCUGCUAGUCCCCUAGUCUUUUCUACAAACUAGCUCCUGUUGAGGGUUCUUCAGCUGCUUGACUUUGAGCUCAUCUUUGCUGCUUGCAUGACAUUGUCACAUAUGUCCUCCCAGUACUAUUUCUCCUACACCCUGACCUUCAUUUCAUGUAAGGCAUUUUUUUGCCAGUUGAUUGCACCCGGACUCCUGUUGUUCUCUUUGGGCUGUGAAAUGCUCCCCUCCACUGCUUGGGCUUCCCUGGGAAGUUCCACUAAAUACCAGCAAGUUUUGUCUUUUCCUUUUGCUCAGGUGAUAAUUUUUAUUUUUUGAAUUUUCCAGAUAAUGUUUCUCUGUGUAGGUAGCUUGGAUGUUAGUAGUGUGCCUCAUAGGCUGCUCAUGGUGGCAUACCUAGAGGCAAGUGGAUCUCUGUGCGUUCCAGGUCAGACAGGGCUGUGUGCCCUACCAUGCCCAGUUCAAGUGAUCUUGUAAACUAGGGAUUCUUAAACUUUCCACCUACAACCACUUUAUGCAUAAGGAUUUUUUUUUUAAGUUUUAUUUUAUGUUUGUGAGUACACUGUAGCUGUCUUUAGACACACCAGAAGAGGACAUCAGAUCUCAUUACAGAUGGUUGUGAGCCACCAUGUGGUUGCUGGGAAUUGAACUUGGGACCUCUGGAAGAGCAGUCAGUGCUCUUAACCCCUGAGCCAUCUCUCCAGCCCCAGCAUAAGGAUUUUUUUCGUGCUAUUCUGGUUAUAUGGAUGUAUAAAAUACAAAUCAAAUAUUAACUGAUAAUUUCAUAACAGCCUUCUCCUAUAAAUACAAUUUUACCUUUAAGGACAAAAGCAAAUUUUCAUUCUAAUAGGAUGCAUAUGCUUGCUUAUUUUUACAUUACAUUAAGUGUUAGCCUUGGGGCUGGAGAAAAGAUGGCUCAGAGCUUUAAGUUUCCAGCACUGAAGUCAGGCAGCUCACAGCCACCUGUAACUCCAGUUUCUGGAGAUCUGAUAUCUCUGGCCUUUGGGCACUUAUGUACACAUGAAUAAAAAUAAAUCUUUGGGGUUUUUUUGUUGUUGUUUUGUUUUGUGACAGGGUCUCACUAUGUAGCUCUGGCUGUCCUGGAACUUGCUAUGUAGACCAGGCUAGCCUUUAAGUCACAGAGAUCCUUCUGCCUCUGCCUGGAUUAAAGGUGUGUGCCACCAUGCCUGACAAAUCUUUUUUAAAAAGAAUUUUUUUUGGCUGGAUGAGGUGGCACAGGACUUUAGUCUAAGUAUUUGAGUUCAAGGAUAACCUGAUCUAUAUAGUUCCAGGUCUGCUAAGCCUACAAAGAGAUACCCUCUGUCAAAAAAAAAAAUUCUGAAUUCUUUUCUAAGAUUUAUUUUUUGUGUAUUUGAAUGUGGGUCUGGGGACCAGAAGAGGAUGUCAGAACCCCAGAACAGAGUUUGUAAGUGGCUUGGAGCCCUCUCACUUCUGUAUUAAUGCUGAAAACUAAACUCCAACAUUUCUCAAAGGAGAGUAAAUGGUAUGAGCCAGUCCAGCCUGGAAUAUUUAUUUUUUGAAAGACAAGGUCUCCCUUGUGUAUGCUGGCUGCACCUUUAUGUGUAGGCAGGAGUGACAGUGAGUUUAGGGUCUCCUGCUCUACUUUGUGGUGUGAUUCCAGGCUUAUUAUGCACAGUGAAUGCCAAGUGCUUGUGGUGCUGGGGACUGAACUCAGAGCGUGGCGCAUACUAGACAAGAGCCCACCAGGUAACUGACUACAUCCUAGCCCUGAUCUUAUCUUUAUUAGUCUCACUUGUUUAGACCAGGCUAGCCUUGAACUCAAAAAUCUACCUUUCUCUGCCUCCCAAGUGCUGGAAUUAAAGGUGCACACCACUGCGCCUGGCUUCUGUUAUAUUUCUUGAAGUUCAUAAACUUUGUACAAUAAAAAUACUUGAGUUUAUAACAAACAGGAGUUUUAAAUAUAGUUGAGGUGCAUUUGUUAGUGUUUCUGGCAUGUAAAAUGGGCUUGUUUUAUUUUCAAAACCAAGACUGCAGGGCCCAGAGAAAUUGCUUCACUUGCAGCUCUUGUUAAAGAGUUUGAUCUCGAGCUGGGUAUGGUGGUGCACUUCUUUAAUCCCAAUACUUGGGAGGCAGAGGCAGGCGGAUUUCUGAGUUCAAGGCCAGCCUGGUCUACAAAGUGAGUUCCAGGACAGCCAGGGCUAUACAGAGAAACUCUGUCUCAAAAAAACAAAAGAAAACAAAAAAGAGUUUGAUCUCCAAUCCCAACACAUGGUGGCAUAAUUACUUGUAACUCCAGCUUCAAGGGAUCUGAUGCGCUCUUCUGAACUCUACAGGCAUCUGAACACAUGUGCACAAACACCUACACAUAAUUUAAAAAUAAUAAAAAAAAAUAUUUAAAAAGAACCAGGACAGCAGUUGAUCUACCAUGGGUGUGCCCUGCUAGAAACACCUCAGAUUCAUUAUGUGUUUAAUUUUGAUUUGUUACAUGCUUAGAAACUAUAGCUGUUGCCAAAUUUUUCAUGACCUUCCCCCGUUUCAGUUCUAGAAUCCCAUACAGGAUUGCAGCUCACAGUUAGAAAAAUAGUUUCGGAACUGGAGAGGUGGCUCAGUAGUUAAGGGCACUCCUGUUCUUAAGGAGAACCCAGGCUCAGCUCACUUGGAGUUACUGCCUGUAACUCCAGUUUUGGGGGAUUGGGCUCCCUCUUCUGGCCUUCAUGAGCACCUUGCCCGUGCAUAUGGUACACAUACAUACAGAUCCAGGCAAAAUACCCUUACACAUAAGCAUGGUAAUGCAUAUCUUUUUUUGUUGUUGUUGUUUUUCGAGGCAGGGUUUCUCUGUAGCCCUAGCUGUUCUGAACUCACUCUGUAGACCACGCUAGUCUGGAGCUCAGAGAUCCGUCUGCCUCUGCCUCCCAAGUGCUGGGAUUAAAGACGUGCACCACCCCUGCCUGGUGGUAAUCCCAGCACUCGGGGCAGAGGCGAUGGGGUCAGCCUGGUCUGUACAGUGAGUUCCAGGACAGCCAGGUUAUGUAGAGAGAACGGUUUCUUGGUGUCUCAAAGAAAGAAAGUUCUAAAGUGCUAUUUUGCUUGACUUUCAACACCCUACCCCAUAUUGCCAUUGCCUUAUAUCAUGGAUCCCCUAAAACCAAGGUUUACUGUGCUGUGGAGAUGGCUUAGUAAAAUGCUCAAGCAAAGGGACCUGAGCUUGAUCUGUGUACAGAAGACUGGUACUGUGGCUUCUGUCAUCCCAGAGCUGGCAGGCAGACACGAGACCCCUGGGACUUCCUGGCAAGCCCAUGUCUCUGAACUGGUGAGCUCCAGAUUCAGUGAGGGGUCAUUCUCAAAAACAAGAGAUUGAGGAGGAGGACACCUGCCUGAGUACACAUGUGCAGCUUCACAUACACACGUGAAUGAAUGAACACACACACAGAGAAUAGUCACAUUCUCUGUACUGGGCAUCUCAGUAAAGUGUCCAGUGCAUGUUAGGUUCUUUAUAUGACUGCUGAUUAGGGAAUGAAUGAGUGUACUAUGUCAAGGCUCUUCCUCUCCCCGUGUGAACACUAGCAAAGGGGGAAGUCAGCUCAUUUGUGGUUUGUCUUUGUGUGGGUGAGUACACACGCAGGAGUGCAUAAAGGCCAGAGGAGAUGGCCUGUGUUCUCUUGCUCUGCCUUAUUUCUUUAGGACAAGUUCUCACUAAACUGUAAAUUAAGCCAGUAGCCAGCAUACUCCAGCAGUCCUGUCUGGCUGUCACUACCAUCCACAGCACUGAGGUUACAGGCCCAUGCUUGUGCCUGCCCCUGCUUGAAUGUCAAAUGCUCUUACCCACUGAGCUGUCUUCCCAUCCCUGUGAGCCAAUUUUUGUGUUAGGCUUUGAACCGAUUUGAGUUUGGGGUACACACGGGAAGGUUCCUGGGACAAGUGAAGGGGUAGAUCCAGACUGAUUAGAUGAGGGCUUCCACAGUGUGUAUGGAACAGACAGGAUAGUGGGGCCGGACAUGUACAUGACCUGUACAAUGGCAUCAAGGACGGAAGAGAGUAGAAAAUAGGUGGGGCGUGUCCUGGGACAGCCACACUGGCUGUAACCCGGGACAGUUGCCAAGUUGACAGAAAUGUCAGCCUGGUGGAUUCAUUAACUAGCUAAACUUCCUGUGUGUAACAGGUAGACCUGGGGGAGAGAAGUCAUAAAAGUUGUCGGAGAGGCUACCGUAUGAUCAGAGGUACCACUAUUCUGCAAGCCAAGGCAGGAAUUGGAAGUUGUGUCAUUGUGAAAAAGGGUAGCAGUUUAUCACCGAGUUUUAUAAAAGGGAAAAGCAUUCUGAGGAUAAAAUACAAAAUGCUUCCUUUAGGUAAAUAAUCAGUUACCAGGAUGCCUGCUGUGUUUCGCAGAAUAACUUUUGCCCCCUUGAGGUUGGGUCUCAUUCAGCUGACAGACCAAGCUGUCCUUGAACCACAGAGACCAGCCUGCUGCUUUCCUAGUUCUGGGAUUAAAGGCUUGGCCAGAACUACAUUGUUUCCAUGGAUGCUUUCUUUUACUCUUAAAAGGAAAAAAAAAUGUAAACCCUUGAAUUCUGGAGUCCUUGGCUUCUGUUGAAGAGAGCUGCAAAACAGCUACACAUUUACUCAAAUAGUUUUCUCUGUUGGAAGGAGGUAAUUUUUGUAUCACUUCCCCUUUUCCUAUAAAUCACCAUAUCUUGGUUGUAGGGGUAUCACACUGGUAAGAGCCCUUGUUGUAGAAGACUCAAGUUCAAUUAUCAGCUUCCACAAGGUGGCUCACAAUCUCACAACUCCGAUUCCAGGGGAUCUGACACUCUUCUGACUUAAGUGGGGUCCUAGGCAUAACACAUGGUGCACAUUCAUACAUGCAGGCAGAAAUAAACUGGGAAAAAAAGAAAGGUCAUUGACUUUUUUCUAAAUCUCCGUGAACACCAGAAGAAGUCAUCAGAUCCCAUUACAGAUUGUUGUGGUUGCUGGGAAUUGAACUCAGGACCUCUGGAAGAGCAGCCAAUUCUCUUAACUGCUGAGCCAUCUCUCUAGCCCCAACCUCUCUCUUUCUAUAGGCAGGUUGGCACAGAUUCUGUUCUUCUGUCGACUCAUCAGUUUGUGACACAUGUGCACUCUUUAUUUUUUAUUUUUCCUUUGAGACUUCUCACAGUGUUUCCCUGGCUGUCUUGAUUGGUUUUUAUUUGUUUUUGUUUUGUUUUGUUUUGUUCUAAGUAUUUCACUCUGUAGCCAAAGCUGUCCUGGAACUCAAAAUCUUCCUGCCUCAGCAUCCUCAGUGCUUGUAAUACAGAGGUCACUACACCUGGUUACAAAGUCUGUAAAUUGCUGGGGGUUUUUUGGGCUUUUUUCUGUGCUGCCAGUACCUUGUGCUCUCGGUAUUGUGAUGGUUGGUGUUGGGUCUCAGCUGUGUAUGGAUGUAGCACUGCCAGAUAAAGAUCUGCUGCAAAUUGGACCCUGCUGUUUUUAAAGUGAAAUCGAAGACUGGUGCUUUACUCUAUUGCCCUCCGUGCAAAGCAGCUGGUGAUUUGUUAUCGGAUUCUUCAGUGCUGUGCAAGUAAACGCAUUUUAUCUAAAGUUAGCUGUUACAGAUUACUCCAUGCCUAGCAUGGCCCUAGGGUGGCUCUGGGUUCCAUCUCCAGCACUGCACAUAAUAAAAUGAACUGUAAGUUAAAUGUUGGGUUUUAGUUUUUUAUAUUUAAAAAUGUUUAUUUAAUGUGUAUGAAUGGUCUGCUUUUAUGUAUGUGUACAUGCAGUGGGUGCCUGAUGCCUGAGGAGGGCACUGGAUCCCCAGAACUGGAGUUGUUUGGCCGCUUGUGGAUGCUGGGAACUUAUUUCAAGGGCAGAGUUGAGUAAUCAGGGUAGGCUCCUCCUUGACUAGAAUCUGAAAGGUGGUAUUGAAGGAUCUCACCAAGGGAAGCAGAAGCAGCCUUCUACUGUACUGAAGGAAGCCCCAUGAGCUGUCAUGUAAUCUUGGGAAAUGUUAGAAAGAAAACUACUCAAGACCUGGGCUUCUGAAUGGAGCAUUGGAGGCCUCUACAAUGUGAGAGAGGCCUUACUAGACCGGAGCACAUGUUUGUUACAGGAAGCCGAAGUUAGAGUCCAGAAGAAUGGCUUCCUAGCGUUGUGUCUGUGUGCUUACAUAAAUAAGAAGCUGGUUGUAUGGGGCAAAGCUGAGCGUCUAUCCCGGCAUUAACUGCCCUCAGAGCAAUGUGGCUAGUGUUCACGUUGCGACCUCUUUCUGGUUUCCUUAAGUAAUAUGGGGGACAGUGAAGGAAUAUCACUGUAGUUAGCGCUAGGGGGGGAAAUUCUUAAAUGCCUUCGUGAGGGGACUGGGGGUGGGGCCCUUGUAGGCACGAAUGCCUGGACUUUGGCUCCUGGUCCAUUUUUAGGAAGAAAUGGACGGGGCAAGGAGUAAAGGAUAGUAUGAGGGAGUGAGUCCCUGUAGGGCUGGCGCCCCUCCCCGCUCUGCACACGCCCUGCCAUAGGCGAGAGCUGCAGGGCUUUGAGGUUUUCCUGGCUCCUUCCCACCGGAAUCCGGUGCUGGUUUGUUCCGAAGCACCAGUCCCUGCAGACACAGAGUUUAAGCUUUUGGAAUGCUGGGCCGGGUGCUGUUCAAGGAUAGCUGGAGGAACCUUUUAGUGGCAUUGGCUCCCAGCUUAGCCCCUUAGUUCGGGACGCGGGAAUCUGUCAAGCGUGCCCGGCCAACCAGGCUGGCGCUCCGGGGAACCCGGGUGGCGCAUGCGUGCAAGAAGGGCGGCACAGCCGCUCUAGCCUCGCCGUAGCUCGGUGGCCGGUCGAUUUCUUCCGCUUGCCGCGCGGCCUACCACUCUAGGACGGUAGUCUCGCUGGUCUCUGCUCUAUAUCCGUGGUAGCUCUGGAAAUGGCUGCGGGAUCCCGGCGGCCGGGGAGCUUGUUUAAGAGGCAGUCCCCACUGUCCCUUUGGUUGUUCGAAGCUCCGGAAUCUUCUCAUUGAUGAACUGUGACUGACAACAGUGGGGUGAGGCUUGGCCGUCUGCUUGACCUGGCCCCAGGUCUAUAAUUUUAUGUAGGAUUUCCAGCCAAAGGUUUCCAAGCUUUCAGUUUUGGGACAGGGUUUUUGUUUUUAUGCCAGUCUCCCCCUAAGAUGGAACAUGCAGUAAACUUGUCCAUUACUAGCAUUUAAAUGCAGUUAAAGCCUGGACAGCCAGGAAAAGAAUUCUCAAGGUAUGGAUGAUAAAGGGCACCUGAGCAAUGAGGAAGCACCCAAGGCUAUCAAACCCACCAGUAAGGAGUUCAGGAAAACCUGGGGUUUUCGAAGAACCACGAUUGCCAAACGUGAGGGUGCAGGAGACACGGAGGUGGACCCCAGUGAGCAGCAACCACAGCAGCAUAACCUCUCCCUGCGCCGCAGUGGACGGCAACCAAAACGUACUGAGAGGGUAGAAGAGUUUCUUACCACGGUUCGGCGCCGAGGGAAAAAGAAUGUGCCGGUGUCCCUGGAGGAUUCCAGUGAGCCCACAUCUUCCACAGUCACUGAUGUGGAGACAGCUUCCGAGGGGAGCGUUGAAAGCAGUUCUGAGAUCAGAAGUGGCCCUGUAUCUGACUCCUUAGGGAAAGAACAUCCUGCCUCUUCUGAAAAGGCAAAAGGAGGUGAAGAGGAAGAAGACACCUCUGACAGUGACAGUGAUGGCCUUACGUUGAAGGAACUUCAGAACCGCCUUCGGAGAAAGCGAGAGCAAGAACCUGUGGAGAGGUCCCUGAGAGGCAGUCAGAAUCGCCUGAGGAAGAAGCGCAGAGAGGAAGAUUCUGCCGAAACUGGGAGUGUCCAAAUAGGCAGUGCCGAGCAGGACAGACCUCUCUGUAAGCAGGAGCCUGAGGCUAGUCAGGGACCAGUGUCCCAGUCAGAGACAGAUGACAUAGAAAAUCAGUUGGAAGGGAAGGCGACUCAGGGAAAUACAGAGGAAAACCCCAGGGAAGCGGGCAAACCAAAGCCUGAGUGUGAGGUUUACGACCCCAAUGCCCUGUACUGCAUCUGCCGCCAGCCUCACAACAACAGGUUUAUGAUCUGCUGUGAUCGGUGUGAGGAGUGGUUCCAUGGUGACUGUGUGGGUAUUUCUGAGGCCCGAGGGCGGCUCCUGGAAAGGAACGGGGAAGACUACAUCUGCCCAAAUUGCACCAUUUUGCAAGUGCAGGAUGAGACAAACGGUAGCGCCACCGAUGAGCAGGACUCUGGGUGCAGAUCUGUGGGUGCUGAUGGCACAGACUGCACAAGCAUAGGGACAGUAGAGCAGAAGUCCGGAGAAGACCAGGGCAUAAAGGGUAGGAUUGAGAAGGCAGCAAACCCCAGCGGCAAGAAAAAACUCAAGAUAUUCCAGCCUGUCGUAGAGGCUCCUGGUGCUCCUAAAUGCAUUGGCCCUGGGUGUUCCAGUGUAGCACAGCCUGACUCUGUGUAUUGCAGUAAUGACUGCAUUCUCAAACACGCAGCAGCUACCAUGAGAUUUCUAAGUUCAGGUAAAGAACAAAAAACAAAACCCAAGGAAAAGGUCAAGACGAAGCCAGAAAAGUUCAGUCUUCCAAAAUGCAGUGUUCAGGUGGGGAUUAAAAUCUCUUCUGUGCACAAGAGACUAGCGUCAGAGAAAAGGGAAAACCCAGUGAAGAAAGUGAUGCUGGCUUCCAGGAGUGAGACUUCUGGGAAGGAGGCAGCCUGUGAGAGCAGCACACCAUCCUGGGCAAGUGACCACAACUACAAUGCUGUGAAGCCAGAGAAGCCAGAGAAGCCCACUGCACUCUCGCCCACCCUAUUGAGUAAAUCCAUGAAGGAUGACAGGAGGGUGGAGGACAGGACAAUGGCAGCAGUUACCAUCCCGAAGAAAGCACUUCCUUCAGCCUCUUUGGUGGGCAGACAGACUUCACCUAGGAAUCUUGUUCCAAAGAAGCUUCCUCCUUACUCUAAUAUGGCAGGAGCCAAACCAGCCAUUAAGAAACUGCCUUCAGGCUUCAAGGGUACCAUCCCCAAGAGGCCAUGGCCCUCAGCCACCCUGUCAGGCACUUCUGCCAGGCAGGCAGGACCAACACCUAUGACAGCUGCUUCCAAAAAGUUGCCUGGCUCUGCUGCUGUGGUGGGAGUUACCAGGAAGCCAAUGUCUGCCAAUGUUCCUGCUGCUUCUCCAGCCCCAGGACGGCUUGGUCCUGUGAGCCCAGCUCCAUCACAGCCCAAUUCACAAAUUCGACAAAAUAUAAGGCGCUCCUUGAAAGAGAUUUUGUGGAAAAGAGUCAAUGACAGCGAUGACUUAAUAAUGACAGAAAAUGAAGUAGGAAAAAUUGCCCUCCACAUUGAGAAGGAGAUGUUUAACUUGUUCCAGGUUACUGAUAAUCGCUAUAAGAGCAAAUAUCGCAGCAUCAUGUUCAACCUUAAGGAUCCUAAGAAUCAGGGGCUCUUCCAUCGUGUUCUUCGAGAAGAAAUCUCCUUGGCAAAACUUGUCAGAAUGAAGCCUGAAGAACUUGUAUCUAAAGAGCUUUCUAUGUGGACAGAGAAGCCCACAAAAUCUGUGAUAGAAUCCAGGACUAAGUUGCUUAAUGAAAGCAAGAAGAACACUACUAAACCAGAAACCAUUCCUGACAUGGAAGAUUCUCCACCGGUAUCAGAUUCAGAAGAACAACAAGAGUCAGUGCGAGCCGCCCCUGAGAAGAGCGCAGCACCUCUCCUGGACGUCUUCAGCAGCAUGCUGAAGGACACCACAAGCCAGCACCGUGCCCAUCUUUUUGAUUUAAACUGUAAAAUCUGUACAGGUCAGGUUCCAUCCUCGGAGGAUGAACCAGCUCCUAAGAAGCAAAAGCUUUCAGCUUCUUCUAAGAAGGAAGACUUUAAGCCCAGGCAUGACAGCUCUCCACCUAAUGCAGUUCCUAACACUGCUGAUGAAGGGAUUGCAGACACGCUGCCUGAAAAUGCCUCUGAGCCAGACCCGGAGAGUACAUCUAGUCUUAACCAGGAGAGAAAGUGUUUCCCUGAGUCUCCAGGCGAUAGCCAUCCUGAGCCCUCGUCUCUGGGUGGCCUUUCUCCCUCUUCUGCCUCUGGUGGGAGUGGGGUGGUCACCACAGUCACCAUGUCUGGUCGAGACCCCAGAACUGCCCUGAGUGGGUCGUGCACAGUCACAGCCUCCAUGGCAGCCCAUCUGGACAACUCCCAGGCUUCAGAAACCAAACUGGACAUGAUAAAGCCUGCAUUGACUUCUGCAGUGGUGCCCAAGUCCAUACUGGCUAAGCCAUCCUCCUCUCCUGACCCGAGAUACCUGUCAGUACCACCAUCACCAAGCAUUUCAGAAUCACGAUCCCCACCAGAAGGAGAUACAACCCUCUUUUUGUCUCGACUCAACACGAUUUGGAAAGGAUUUAUUAAUAUGCAGAGUGUAGCAAAAUUUGUCACUAAGGCAUAUCCUGUCUCUGGGUGUUUGGAUUAUCUCAGUGAGGAUUUGCCAGACACCAUCCACAUCGGUGGAAGGAUUGCUCCAAAGACCGUGUGGGAUUACGUUGGCAAACUCAAGUCAUCGGUGUCCAAGGAGCUCUGUCUGAUCCGCUUCCACCCUGCCACUGAGGAGGAGGAGGUUGCAUACAUUUCUCUCUACUCCUAUUUUAGCAGCCGUGGUCGCUUUGGGGUUGUAGCUAAUAACAACAGGCAUGUCAAGGACCUGUACCUGAUUCCACUGAGUGCUAAGGACCCUGUGCCAUCCAAACUCUUGCCCUUUGAGGGCCCAGGUCUUGAAUCACCACGUCCAAAUAUAAUACUUGGGUUAGUAAUAUGUCAGAAAGUGAAACGUCCUUCAAGUGCUGGCGAGUUAGACAAGACAGAUGAGAAGCGGACUCGACUCCAACAGGAAGAACUAGAAACUUCAGUCUAUCCCAAAGUAACUGCAGCUUUGCCAUCCGAGAAGAAGCCUCCCAAGUACAGUGUACACUCUAUAGACACAGCUGCUACCAGCACCACGCCCCCUGGCUCUCCUCCCCCACCUCCUCCUCUUCCUGAACCCCCAGUAUUGAAAAUACUGUCAUCCCUCAAGCCAGGGUCCACCAGCACUGUCACAGCGCCUACCACAGCAGCAAUCACUACCACAGCUUCCCCUGUUACUGCUGCCACUUCCAAAACAGCCUCGCCCCUGGAACACAUCCUGCAGACUCUCUUUGGGAAAAAGAAAUCAUUUGAGCCGUCUGGAAAAGAAUCUGUUGGGUCUACUCUAUCUCCACAUCAGGAUUCCAAGGCCAAGGGGGAGGACACCAUGUCAGCAGCUCCUUUGUUGGAUCCAAUUGUUCAACAGUUUGGUCAGUUCUCAAAAGACAAGGCUCUGGAGGAGGAGGAGGAAGAUGACAGGCCCUACGACCCUGAAGAAGAGUACAACCCUGAUCGAGCAUUUCAUACACUGCUCGCUGAGCCAGGGAGGCCUCAUGAUGUGCAGAGUGUGUCUGAGACAGCUGAGAGGGAGGAGGUGGCCUAUGACCCAGAAGAUGAGACCAUCUUAGAAGAAGCCAAAGUGACCAUUGAUGACUUGCCCAAUCGCAUGUGUAUGAAAGUUAGCGCCACAGAAAGGCCUGCCGACUUCACCACCGAUGCCUCCAGUGCUUCGCUGGUAGAGCAGCAGAAAAUGUUAGAAGAGCUAAAUAAACAGAUUGAGGAGCAAAAGAGGCAGCUGGAGGAGCAAGAAGAAGCUCUCCGACAGCAGAGGGCUGCUGUGGGUGUGUCCAUGGCACACUUUUCUGUGUCCGAUGCAUUGAUGUCACCACCUCCCAAGUCGUCUUUGGGCAAGACAGAGCUGUUCUCUCAAGAACAGCAAGCCCCAGACCCAAGUCAGGGAGCCCCGAACACCAACCACAACCUAGACUCAAGACAAAGUAGGGACCCAAGGCAGGCCAGGCGGCUCGCUGCAGAAAACACAGAGAAUGAAUCCCUUCCUAGGGCCCCCACAGGAAGCACACCUGGCCCACAAGGCACCCUACCUGCAAGGGAGACUCCUGCUGGGACUGCAGUAGUCCAGGGGCCUGGGCUGGCAGCAGAAGCCAAGGAGUCAAUGGCUGUUCCCUGGGCUCCAGGUGAAAACGCUGUGUUGAGACCUGAACAUGACAUCCAAAAAUGUGAGCACCCUGGUAACCCUGUCUCAUUACCCCUGGACACCAGCCACCUUCCUACAGCUGGGGAUGGCGCAGCCAGGCCAGCACCGCCCCGCAGAGUGCUGCUACCCACACCCCCUAGCACCACCUUUCCACCCAGCUUCCCUUUGCAACCUAAGGCCCAAAAUUUUAGUUCUGGAAGCAGGGAGCCUUUCUCAGGGCCCACAUUUAUGUCUCAGGAAACAUCUCUUGGCUCAUCCCAAUAUGAGGACCCCAGGGGUGCUCAGUCUGCUGGGAAGAAUGACAGCCCAGUAGCUGAUAUGGAGGACAGCAGAGAGCCACAGCCUAGGCCUGGUGAGAGUACUACUUCAUUCCCCCAACCUGGGCAGAGGGGAGGGGGCCCUCAGCCUCAGUUUCCUGGCCAGCGUGAACCUGCACCACGCACUUUUGGGAUGUCGGGUCAUCAUGGUCCCAGUUUUCCAGGACCUAGGGGGCCAGUCCCUCCUUAUUCAGAAGAGAACCUUGUUCCUAAUAGUGAUGGACCAAGAGGCCCUCCACCUGCCAGAUUUGGGGCACAGAAGCCACCAAUCCCUUCCUUAUUCUCUGGGCAACAUGGGCCACCUCCCUAUGGGGACAACAGGGGACUCUCACCUUCUUAUCUUGGUGGGCCCCGAGGAGGAGCACCAGCCCAAUUUGAAGACCGCAAGGAUCCUCAUGGGGAGAAAAGGGAAUUCCAGGACACUCCGUACAACGAGAUGACAGGUGCCCCUGCUCAGUGUGAAGGGCCAGAUCAGGCCCAGUUCAUGGGGAACAGGGCACCCUUUCAGUUUGGAGGCCAGAGACGGCCACUGCUAACUCAAAUGAAAGGGCCCCGUGGAGGACCUCCACCCUCUCAGUUUGGAGCCCAAAGGGGACCACCUCCUGGUCAUUUCGUGGGCCCACGUGGGCCCCAUCCUAGUCAGUUUGAAAAUUCCCGGGGCACUCACCCUGGCCAGUUUGAAGGGGCCAGGGGCCAAGCACCUGGUUUCAUGCCAGGCCCCCGGGGUAUUCAGCCCCAGCAGUUCGAAGAGCAGAGAGUGAACUCGCCACCAAGGUUUGCCGGCCAGAGGGCAUCGGCGCCCCUGCCAUAUGGAGGACCAAGGGGCCCUGCACCCUUUCCUGAAAAAAAUGAGCAGCCACCUUCUCGAUUUCACUUUCAAGGCCCAUCUUCACAGCCCGUGAAGCCUCCCCCGAGGCCCCUGUUGGAGCUACCAAGCCAUCCUCCUCAGCAUAGGAAGGACCGAUGGGAUGAGGCAGGCCCAGCCACUGCUCUGCCUUCCAGUGCUGGGCCUGGACAGGGCCAUGAGGCCGACGGGCAGUGGGCCACAUCAGAGUUCCGAGAAGGCAAAGGCCAUGAAUAUAGGAGCCCAGCUUUUGAAGGGAGACAGAGGGAGCGAUUUGAAGCAGGAUCUAAAGAAAAGCCUCUGGACGAGCCUGAAGCCCAAGGGUUGGAAAGCCGGCAGGGCCGGGCAUUUGAGGAUAGGAGGCGAGAGCGAGAGAGAGGCAGAAACUGGAGUCGAGAAAGAGACUGGGAGAGGAGCCGGGACUGGGACCGGCAUCGGGAGUGGGAUAAAGGCAGGGAUAGGAGCUCCAACAGGGACAGGGAGCGAGACAACGACAGGGCUAAGGAAUGGGACCGGAGCCGCGAGAGAAGCCGGAAUCGCGACCGGGACCGAGAAAGGCGGCGAGACCGAGACAGGUCCCGCAGCAGAGACCGAGACAGGGACCGUGAGAGAGCACGAGACAGGGACAGGGACCGAGGCCGGGACCGGAAGGACCGCAGCAAGAGCAGAGAGAGCCCUCGGGACCAGAAGCCUGAGGCCAGGACCUCUGAGGGGGGCCCUGCUGCAGCCCAGGCCUAGAGGCCAUUGCACUCGGGGCUGGGGACACGACCUGCUGGUGUGGACAAAGACCUGUGUCAGUUAUUGUGUAUAUAGGCUCAGCCUGGCAAAGACCCCUUUAAAAGCCAAGUGCAUAAAAUGUGUUGAGCAAAGAGUUUUUGAAAUAGCUAUGAACUUAUAUACAGGAUAUAAUAUUCUGGACUUCAGGAAUUACUGUAAUUUUGUGUAUAAUGGUUUGUUACAAAUUUUCCCAACUUUACAAUUCUGAUUUUUUAAAAAUAUUUCCAUUUAAAAUUAGAGAAAUGGGAAAAUGUCUACAAAAGCAUAUUGCUUUUUUUCAGAUUAUAAAGUUUUUUCCAAUAACUUGACUGGUGUAAGUUUUAAGGGGAUUUCAGUGGACCUUAGAGCUAGCUUUCCCUGUGUAGCCAUCUCUGCUUCCGUCUAUCCAGGGGCUUUCCUCAGUGCUGUCCUAGUCGGAAAGCACUAUUGUCGAGGUGAGCUGGGGGCUGUGCGCAAUUGCAGCGGUGGAAGAACUGCCUUCUGAGGCCCGCCCAGCUCCCAGCAAUGCAGCACCUUACAAGUUUUUUCAGAACUUAAUUAGAAAUAGCCUGUCCUAGUAGAAAUUGUAACAUUUUUAAAUAACAAUUUAUUUUUAAAUGUUCAAAUUUAUCAGCCUAAAGAAAGAAAGAUUCAGUUCAGAGCAUUUAAGAGGGAAGAGACAGGAGUCAAGCAUUGCCCAUUGCUGCCCUCUGAGUGGCUCUGCAGACUGACAGACUCCAGAUAGGCGAUGGGUUUGGAAGCUUCUCAGUGGGAUGGGGCAAUGUUUGUACCAAAUCUGGAAACGAAGAGGAUGGUGGUGAAGCAGCCUGCUUCAUGGAAGGAUAACUGCUGUGUCGCCCCGGUUGCCUCUAAAGAUGCUGUAAGAAGGCUGGCUAACGUAUCUGACUGUGCAAAUAUGUUUGAUAGUUCCUUUUAUAUUUUCAUAAACUUACUUUUUCAGAUAGAGAAUUAGCUUCGUUUGUUCUUCGGAGUCUUAUUUCACUGUACAUCACUACAGAUUUUUUCACUUUAUAGCACAGAUGUUUAAGUUGAAAAGACAUGGGAAAAUAGCAAUUUGGGAUAUUUGCUAUUGUAAACCAAAUAGUAGGCUAAAUUACAUGAAAGUGUCAGUUUCAACAUCUAAUAUGUGAAGGUUUUUUGUUUUUUUAAAAAAGUGUAAAGUAAAAUUUUCUAACUUAAAUGCACAAGCAUAAAAAUCAAGUGUGUUUCUUUAGGUUUACUUUGUAGAAAUUUCUGUACAUUGUAUUUUGUAUUGCAGAGUGUUAUAUCACUGUCCAUUGAAACACAGGACUCCAUAGGUUUUGUUACUUGAAGUAGAAUAAAUAUCUACAGAGUU